GGGCACAUAUACUUUAGUUUAUCAUAUGGCGCGCACGGAUGAUAAGAGGCAACGUGGUUACAGGUUGCGCAACCUCAAUUUAUCCAUGACUUCACGCCAAAACCAAAUUUGUAAGACCACAAUGAUGACCGACAGUUACGGAUAUCGAUGAUGGCGAUGACUUGGACGCCCGUGGCGUGGAUUUCGACAAGUUUCUUAUCAGGAAUGUCUGUCAGUAUCUUUGAUUUGCAUCUGAUAAGUUGCAGAACUGAUGUUCAUGAUGAAUGGGUCUUGGAAUGGUGCAAGCGCAGCAUCGUCGUCAUGUGAACAUAUAUUCACCGGUAUCUCAAGCCUCCCACAGGGCGAACCUCCGAAAGUCAAUCGCUGCCGACUAUCAGCAAAAUCCAAGUGCGUACUACGGCCCACAGUCUGAUACCUUUUCAGUAAGUCUGAGGAGCAAGGGAUAUGCUUUUUGGUUAGCCCUUGUCUCGCAGCCAAGCUCAAGGUAUGUAUGAGAACUGCAAUUAUUCUCUGUAUCGUUAUACAGCCUAACGUCUGCAUCCAAUAAAUACCAUCAUCCGUUGAAGCUUUA